CUUGGGGCAUUCAAAGCAUAGGAUUGAGGUGUCAUAGCCCCUAGUAUGCAUCUAGUGCCAUGGUCCACUUACAGUGUGCUGUCCAUAAUGCCAUCUGAUUCAGAAAGCAGCAGUUCUCUAAGUAGCAUUGGUACGACAGGCAAAGCAUCGUCCCCACCUCCUGUUUUAGACACAAGGCAGAUGAGUGAGAAACUAGAGACUAUUUUAUUUCAGCUACGCCAGGUGACCCGUGAGAGGGAUGAAUUGCGAAAGCGCCUUGCACUUUCAUCUCCCGGCUCAACCUUUGAUGACUGCAGACCCAGCCCUAAACCAAAUCACGAUUAUGAAAGAUUGAAAAUACAGUGCAUGAAGGCCAUGUCAGAUUUGCAGUCUCUACAGAAUCAACAUACCAAGACGCUAAAAAGAUGUGAAGAAGCUGCCAAAGAGGCAGAUUUUUAUCAUACAUUGCAUAGUCGACUGCUGAGUGACCAGUCACAGCUGAAAGAGGACAUGGAUACCUUGAAGAGGAAGAACACACAGUUAGUACGAGAGCAUAACCAUCUCCAGCAAUCAUGUGAGGAAAUGAAGAGACUUCAUGAUGAGGAUCAAAAAGAGAUAACGGACCUACGUAGCCAACAACAGCAGGUUAUGAAACAAAAUGGCUCAUCGGAGAUACUAAAUAAACUCUACGAUACAGCAAUGGAUAAACUGGAGGGUGUGAAGAAGGAUUAUGAUGCAUUAAGGAAACGGUACAAUGAGAAAAUAGCAAGUCACAAUACAGACCUUAGCCGUCUAGAACAGGCAGAGGAGGAAAACAGACGCCUUCAGAAGCAGAUCGAUAUGUUAAUGAAGCAGAGAGAUACAGCAAUACAUUUCCAGCAACAGUAUUCCUCUUCUCUUAGAAGGGCUCUAGAUGCACCCGACACUGCUGUCUGCAUGAGGGUCCAUCCUGCCCACCUUGGUCGGCAGCAUGGGGAGCAGGGCUGCAGGUUUGAGUCAGUACAACAGGAGCUAAGCAAAUCCACUGUGCAGAACAAGGAGAUGCAGAGGGAGAUGGAACGAUUACAGUCAGAGGUGACACGGUUCAAAACAAUGCAGUUGAAGGCAACAAAGGAUGCAGAGAAGUACAAGGAAGAGAGAGACUCUGUUUUCAAUGAGUAUCGCCUCAUAAUGAGUGAGAGAGACCAAGUAAUCAAAGAGGUGGAUAAACUUCAAACUGAGCUGGAACUUGCAGAGUCCAAACUGAAGAAUACUUCCUCAGAGAAAAGAGUGGCUAGUGAAGAAAUGGAAGCCCUAAGACAGGAGUUAAACUCGGCUCUAGUGGAACGAGAUCGAGCAAUUUGUGAGAGGAAUGAGUUGCUGGAAAAGUACUGUCAUGAAGUGAAGGACAAGGCUGAGGCCCAGAAGGAACUUGAUCAAGCUUGCAAGGAUAUAGAGACAGUGAAGGAAGAAAGAGAUGUUGCCAGGAAAGAGAGAACAGAGGCUAUCAUCCAGAGAGAUCAUCUUCUAAGGGAAUAUUAUCAAGCUCGUCAGAUACAAGAUUCUGCUACACUGGAUAUAGAACGAGCUAACAAAGAAAUCGAAAUGCUUCGGAAGCAAUAUGAGGCAAUGUCACAAGAGCUAAAAGAAGCUGUGCAAGAAGCAGAAGUAGCUAAAUGUAGGAGAGACUGGGCCUUUCAAGAGCGAGACAAGAUAGUUGCAGAAAGAGAGAGCAUACGGACUUUGUGCGACAACUUGAGGAGGGAGAGAGACAGGGCUGUAAGCGACUUGGCUGAAGCUCUCCGCAACCUGGAUGAUAUGAGAAAGCAAAAAAAUGAUGCUGUCCGUGAAUUAAAGGAACUCAAAGAGAAGAUGGAGAACCAGUUGGAAAAAGAAGCCAGAUUUAGGCAGUUAAUGGCCCACAGUUCUCAUGAUUCAGCCAUAGACACAGAUUCUCUGGAAUGGGAAACAGAAGUGGUGGAGUUUGAAAAAGACAGAGAGGAUAUGGAUUUAAAAGCACUUGGUUUUGAUGUGGCAGAGGGUGUGAAUGAACCAUACCUCCCUGGAGACUGUGGGAUAUUUGUUACCAAAGUAGACAAAGGAAGCAUCGCGGAUGGUCGAUUGAGGGUAAAUGACUGGCUCCUGAAGAUAAAUGAUGUGGAUCUUACUAAUAAGGAUAAGAAACAAGUUAUAAAAGCUGUACUUAAUGGAGGAGGAGUUAUUAAUAUGGUGGUGCGAAGAAGAAAGUCCUUAGGAGGGAGAAUGAUAACACCUCUGCAUAUCAAUAUUGCUGGCCAUAAAGAUAGUGGAAUCAGUCUAGAAAAUGGACUGUUUGUUGCUGCUCUUGUGCCUGGUAGCCCAGCUGCCAAAGAGGGGUCCCUUACUGUGGGAGACAGAAUAAUUGCUGUAAGUUUAAAGAAGAUAUUCUCUACAAUUUCAUUACUGCAACUAGAAUGUGACAUUAAUGGCAUUGCACUAGAUAAUAAAUCGCUGACUGAAUGUGAAGCUUUGCUAAGAAACUGUAGGGAUUCUCUUACGCUUUCAUUGAUGAAGGUUUUUCCUCAGAGCUCAUCUUGGAGUGGUCAAAACAUAUUUGAAAACCUGAAAGAUUCAGAGAAAAUAUCAAAUGGUAGGGUUCAUACAUCAGAGAUACAAGCUCAAAAUAAAAGAAAUCUGAAACUCAACAGUUCAACGCAAACGGACAUUUUCAAUCCAGAAAUCCUGGAUGGCAAGAAGGACCAGAGUGACCAGGGUAGUGGUUCAUUUUGUGAUCACAAGCCCUUUUCCAAUAGUGCUUUACGAGCAGACUCUCACAGGAGCAUGGUGCACGGUUGCCACAGUAAUUCAGAACAUAGUCUCAGUUCCUUUAAUCCAGAUGCCUAUGGGGAGCGAGGCUAUGCAAUUGUUGACUUGGAGAACAGAAGGUUGCCAUUUGAGCCCACAGGAGAUGACUGCAUCAUGGUUGAGACCACAUUAGACAAAGGCCAUGGAGCUAAGCAUAGCGGUGGCACUUGGCCCAAAGUGAUGGUAAACAUUUCAACAGUAGAAACAGAAAAGUUCUCUGUGUAUAAAAAGCCAAAACAAAGGAAAUCUAUCUUUGAUCCUGACACUUUCAAAAGACCACAGACUCCUCCCAAAUUGGAAUAUCUCUCUCCCAAUCAAAUGUCAGGCCAUUCGCCUCAGCCCUCAAAAAUGGAAGUUGGGUCAGCUCCUCCAACACCUCCCAAAAGAAGUGAUUCUAUUAAGUUUAAACAUAAACAGCAGACGAGUUCUGCAUCAGACUCUACUGUAACAACUGGAUCCCCACCUACCAGUCCAGCUACUGUCCAAGCACCCGUUCCUUUGGCACUUAAGCAGGAUUCUGCCACUCACAAGGGGCACAGUAGGAACGCUGGGCAUUAUUACCGGGAGGAGGGAGUUGACUGUGCUCAUCUGUCCUCAAGAAAAUCCUGUGAAGAUGACAUUGGCUUUCAAAGAGUUGAAGAGCCAGAGAUGAAAAGGCCAAGACCAAAAUCUGCUCCUGCUUUGAGGCAUAAAAUGACCCCUGUGCCCAUCCCUAAUCCGUCACUUCAGGUACAGAAAUACUGUCCAGCCAGUGAAGAACAUCUGUCUCCAGACCUCCAGGAGUGGGCACCAUAUUCACCAAAACGUUCCACUAGGCAUAGCGAUGGUUUUGCACCUUCUUCCUUGUAUGCUGGAGGCAUGUCAGCAGGUACUGUACCAAGAAGUUUGGCACCAUGUCCUGCAGUAACUGCUGUCAUGAGAAAUCCAAUUUAUACUGCUUGGAGCCAUAGAGUUCAUACUAACAAUUGUCCAUCUGUUGCCAGCCAAAUCUGCCAUCAGCAUCUGCAUCCCAGUGCACAGCACCAGGGUCGCCUGAGUUUGGACCUCAGUCACAAACACUCCAGUGAUUAUUCUGAAAAUUCGCGUACAAGAGCAUCACAUGGUUCAAAUUCAUUACCUUCCAGUGCAAGACUCGGUUCUUCCACCAAUUUGCAGUAUAGAACGGAAAGAAUUAAGAUCCCUUUAACACCACGGUAUCCAAGGUCCGUCAUAGGUUCUGACAGAGGUUCCUUGUCACAUUCUGAAUGUAGCAGUCCCAGCCUUAUAACUCCUCCACAGUCGCCUCUUAACCUUGAGACAUCUUCCUUUGCCAGCAGCCAGUCACAGAACUCCCUUUCUACACUACCAAGGAUUUCUAUUAGCCCAGUAUCAAUUGGAGAACGUAGAAAAGAUAGGCCAUUCAUGGAAGAACCACGCCAUGUUAAAGUGCAGAAAGGUUCUGAGCCAUUAGGGAUUUCCAUUGUGAGUGGAGAAAAUGGUGGGAUAUUUGUCUCUAAAGUAACUGGAGGGAGCAUUGCCCAUCAAGCUGGCCUCGAGUAUGGUGAUCAGUUACUGGAGUUUAAUGGAAUAAAUCUGAGAAAUGCUACAGAGCAGCAGGCUCGACUGAUCAUUGGACAGCAAUGCGACACCAUUACUAUUCUGGCUCAGUACAACCCACAUAUGUAUCAGCUUGGCAAUCACUCACGAUCUAGUUCUCGACUGGAACCAGCGAGCAAUCAUUCCACACCGCAAGGCAGUGGAGCUGCAACCCCUGACAAUCAUUCCAUAAUUGAUACUGUGAGUGAACAGGAUGAAGGAACAAUGACGCCUCCAUCCAAGCAAACCACACCAACUACUAGUCCCCGGAAUUCCAUGAGGGUCCCUAUGGAUGCAAACAAAAGGACCCCUGAACCUAGGAUCGUAGUCAUUAAAAAAUCCCAAGUUGAUCUUGGAAUCCAAAUAUGUGGUGGAAACCUACAUGGAAUAUUUGUGUCAGAUGUAGAUGAUGACAGCCCAGCAAAAGGACCUGAUGGACUAGUUCUGGGAGACAUAAUUCUUGAGUAUGGAUCUGUUGAUAUGCGAAAUAAAACAGCUGAGGAAGCCUACCUUGAAAUGCUGAAGCCAGGAGAAAAUAUCAGAAUAAAGACUCAGUUCAGAAUAGAAGAAUACAACAAGAUAAAAGAGUUACCUGGAGAUGGAUUCUAUAUCAGGGCACUUUAUGAUCGACUGGCAGAGGUAGAGCAGGAUUUAAGCUUUAAGAAGGAUGACAUUUUGUAUGUUGAUGACACUCUGCCACAGGGCAACUUUGGCUGCUGGAUGGCCUGGCAGCUAGAUGAGAAUGCUCAAAAGCUGGAAAGAGGACAGAUCCCCAGCAAAUACAUGAUGGACCAGGAGUUCUACAGGAGACACAGCAUGUCUGAAGCUAAAGAUGAAAACAGUUCCACAAAGACAUUGUCAGCAGCAGCUCGAAGAUCAUUCUUUAGAAGAAAACAUAAACACAAGCGAAGUGGUUCCAAAGAUGGAAAGGAUUUACUGGCUCUCGAUACAAUCAGUACAGACUCCAUUCCUUUCAUGGAUGACUCUGUGAGCCUGGCUUACCAGCGUGUACAGAAGGUGGAUUGUACCUCUCCAAGGCCUGUGCUUAUUCUAGGGCCAUUACUUGAUGCCGUGAAAGACAUGUUAGUCAAAGAAUCUCCUGGGAAAUUUUGCAGAUGUCCUCUUGAGGUGAUGAAAGCUUCCCAACAAGCUAUUGAACGGGGAGUAAAGGAUUGUCUGUUUAUAGAUUACAAACGGAGGAGUGGUCAUUUUGAUGUGACAACUGUAGCUUCAAUAAAGGAGAUAACAGAGAAGGACUGUCACUGUUUGCUGGACAUCGCUCCUCAUGCCAUUGAGCGGCUCCACAGCGUUCAUAUCUACCCUAUUGUCAUCUUCAUUCGCUAUAAAAAUGCUAAGCAAAUCAAAGAGCAAAAAGACCCGAUCUUUCUGAGGGACAAAGUUACACAAAAACAUUCCAAAGAACAAUUUGAGACAGCUCAGAAAAUAGAACAGGAAUACAGCAAGUACUUCACAGGUGUUGUCCAGGGAGGAGCCCUUUCAAGCAUUUGCACUCAGAUUAUGACAACUGUCGAUCAAGAGCAAAACAAAGUCCUGUGGAUUCCAGCUGGCCUGCUAUAGAUAUUUGCUGUGAAGCUAUUCUCCAGAUGUAAAUAGCAAUUAACCUUUUUCCAAUGGACACAUCAUUUAUGUCUUUAUAGAGAUAUAAAUGAUUGCUUUUCAUGAAGGGGAAUGAUACACUGAACACAAACAAAAUCAACAAGGUGUGUAGAAGGGAUAGCUCUUUAUCAGAGAACAUUGUCCUGCAUAAAAACUGCAGGAUGGGCUAUAACCUAGGUGUACCUUUUCAUAAGAGGUGAAUAUAGUAAUGCUGCGAAAUAACCCUUUAGAAUGACGUUUACAAAAACCUUUUCAAAGUAUUUGGUUGUUGAUGUUUACUUGAAUGACCUUUAUUUUUUUUAAGUCUGUCUUCUUUCCCCUAAUGAGACAACUCUCCAAAAUGGAGUGAAGUUUCCACAAAUAAAUGGAUUUGCAGGCAAUGUGAUUCUACCUUGCAGUUCUGACCUUUUCCGAGCGCAUUGUUGACAUGACUACUGGGUAAUCAUGCAGGGUUUGUGAUCAGUACAUCUUGGGAGUGAGCUCAGAAGGAAGAGCCCUCCUUCCCAGGGCAGACCACUGUUUGUAGUCUAUGAAAGUUUAGCUGUCAAAGAUACUGUUUUUGUUUUAUGCAUGGAUCUAAUAUUUAAACUUUGUAAUAUAUCUGAUCAAUCUGAACUUAGUAUGUGUUUAGAAAUAUUUUUUGGUUGUUGGGCCUAGUCAAAGUAAUGAUGGGGAGAGUCGAUAGCUAGGCCUAGCAUGCCGUGUUUGUCACUUUUAGAUACUGUAAAUAUUGAAAGCAAAUGUUGGUGCAAUUUUGCCGGGUAAUUCUUAAGCUUUGUACUUCAGUGUGUAGCAUUCACAUAGAUUUGUAUUUAAUAUAAGAGCAGUCACCGUUUUAGGUCUUUGAACGAGAGCCUUUAGGGAGGUACGUUAAUUGUUAGUGUUUUCACUGUCAACAAGUAAGUGAUCAUUUAGUUUUGUUGCAAUACUCUUUUACCUGUUGAACCAAACUUCAUGGUAUUGGUUCCUUUUUUGUUUUUGCACUUCUGAGUCUGUGUUUCUAACACAGGGUUUGUUUUCUAUCUUUUCAUUAACUGUCAUGUUUGUAGGUACUGUACUUAAAUUGUUAUUUGAAGUAUCAUUUAAAUAGGGCUGUUUCUCAGUGACUGUUCCUAACAUUUCAUUAUGUAGCAAGAAGUAUUUUCUUUUAUUAGUUUUACCCAACAGUCUGUAGUUAUUUUAUUUGCUGGGGGGGUUUUAAUUAAAAAGGGAUUCUUCUUGCACAGUUCUUCAAAGAAAAAAUUGGUCCUAAAAUUUAACUUCUGUUUUACAAGUACUAUUUUAUAGCUCAAAAUACUAAAGAAAAGAAACGUAGGCAAUGAAUGGAUGAAUUAUUAGUCAAAGUACUUUUCAUGGUGAGGGACAGUGGUUAUUUUUUUUAAGUGCGAUCAGAAUGGACUCCAGUGGUACAGAUAAAACAGACAGGUACUGUUCUGGCUUGGACUUUCUGUACUAAAAAUAAACAUGUCACUUUGUAUCAAUAAAAGGUAAAGAAACUGA